GAUGCUAGUCUGCGCAGCAGACCAAGAAAUACCUUUCCUUUCUCAAAUGUGACAUUCUACAUCAAUCAAACGAGAUAUCGGGUAUCAAGAUGAUCUGGGCCCUGUGCCUGAUUUGUUUGGCUGGGUGUCUAAGAGAAGUCCACGCGGGUCUGAUCAGGAACAUGAGUGCGAUGGGACGCAAGGCUGCGCCGCAGGACGAAGUGAACGUGCUCAUGUUUGGCGUGAUACAGUUCAGUGAAUCUCUUAACUACGCUUUGGAGAACACUGAGGCGAAGCUCGCUAAAAUCAGCCAGGCUUUGAAGAACCAAGAGGGGACCCUUCAAAAGCUGGGGAAGCAGGCUGAGCAGGCUGCCGACAUGGAGAAACAGAUGAAAGAAGCGAUACAGCUGCUGCAGGCCCAGAUGGUCAAGCAACAGGCUCAGGCCAAGUUGACCAACGACUGGCUGGCCAACAUGGAGCAGGAAGAGAUGGAGCUCAAGACAAAAGUGAAGAGGCUGGAAAUGUAUAUGGACAACUCUGCACCCAGCAGCAUAAAGGAGCUGCAGGCUCGAGCAGAGGAGCACUCCCACGUCUUGAAAGGUUUACAGAAACUGACAGAGUUUCAGAAAGAGAAUAUUGAGACUCACAACGAGAAGCUCUACAAGCUGCAGAACAUGAGUGAAACUCUGACACAGCCGUUUUAAGAUGCAGCACUGAUGCAGCACUGAUGUCCCCCCUCCCCGAUCUCUGUGACUUGUCACAGAGAUCGGAACUACUGUCACUCCCCAACAGCCUUGACAGGUUUGUUACAGAUCCAGUGAACAGCUACAAAUUGUGUGAAUAGUAAGCCUUAUGAUUCUGUCUUUGUUGAUAGGGCUCUGAUCUGUUUUACAUGCAACCUUUUUAUUUGUCAUUGACGUACUUUGUAAGCUUUCAAGAGUUAUUUAAAUAAAGUUGUUAAAUUAUAAGAUGUUUCAGUUACACAAAAUCUAAUUAAUUACUGUGAAGAACGAAUGUACUGAAUAAACAUAAAAUUAAUGGA